CAAACUAUAAGCACUGUGUAGUACAUCUCCUGUUCGUAAUGACAUUUAUUAAUCAUAUUGUCCUGCUCUGUUUAUGUCUGGUUCCGUGGUGCGCAUGUGAUGUUUUCGGUGAACGCCCCUCCCUUUGGCAAGCUGUUGUUAUUCCCAGUCACAUUUUAAGUCGUCGGGAUCGCGUUGUGCAGUCGUCUGGCCUGUGUUCACAGCGGAGGCAGACGGCUGAUGAUGAGCCCCUGGGGUAUAUUUAAAGCCCUGGGAAAGCGGAAGGCUGGUCUGCUGUGUGUUAUCAGCUGAGAGCCGCUAGCUUAGCACCAGGGGCUGGAAACAUUAUCAACAGCUAGCUUCGGACCGGAGCUGUGAAUUCACACAUAGUUGAAAAAUGAAACGAGAAGGAUGUACGCGGUUAUCAGGGCGGUGAUGCCCGCUACUGUGUGACAUUUGUAAGAAGACACGGGAAAACAUUUGUUUGCAACCUGUUGAGUAGCUUCUGCCCGAGUUAACCUUCGCCUCUUCACCUUUCACACCCUCACGCCCCCACCGCGGUGGCCACUGUAACCAUGACGACGGGGGGCUGCUGCCACCUGCCUGGUUCUCUGUGCGACUGUGCGAGCAGCACCGGCCUGUGGAAGAACGUGGAGGAGGCGGGCGGCGACGGGUGCCAGGCGCUCUACGUCACCCAGGUCACCGCCAUAGAUGGACGCUUGCUCUCCUCAGUGCUCAAACCCAUGAGCGCACAAAGUGAUGGCCCCAUCUGCCGUAUUUGCCACGAAGGAGGCAGCAGCGAGGGCCUCCUGUCUCCGUGCGACUGCACAGGCACUCUGGGCACGGUGCACAAGAGCUGCUUGGAGAAGUGGCUGUCGUCUUCCAACACCAGCUACUGCGAGCUCUGCCACACAGAGUUCAGCAUCGAGCGCCGACCGAGGCCUCUCACAGAGGUAACAAAGUGGCUGCGGGACCCCGGCCCUCGUAAUGAGAAGAGGACGCUGUUCUGCGACAUGGUGUGCUUCUUGUUUAUCACGCCCCUGGCAGCCAUUUCAGGCUGGCUGUGCCUGAGGGGAGCUCAGGACCAUCUUCAGCUGGGCAGCUGGCUGCAAGCCGUGGGCCUCAUCGCCCUCACCAUCGCCCUCUUCACCAUCUAUGUCCUGUGGACGCUGGUAUCUUUCCGCUACCACUGUCAGCUGUACUCUGAGUGGAGAAGAACAAAUCAGAAAGUACGCCUCCUCAUUCCUGAAGCCAAGGAGUCCAACUCUUCCCAGCAUUCCUUGCUGUCUACCAAACUGAUGAAGAAGUCUGCCAAUGAGAGUAUAGUAUGAGACCAAACGGAGACGAUCGGUGAUUAUGGUGUCUUUUAUGUGCGGGGGCUGACCGUCUGCACAUCAGCCCCACCGUCUGGCCUUUACAGAAGCACUUGUGGGCUUUUUUUGUUGCUUUUUUUGUUUUUUUUUGGAGAAGGAAACACUUCUUUGCCCCAUCAGUACUUAACUUACAUGAGUUUUUCUGGAAUUUGUCUUGAAUCUGUGGGUACAGAAAUGAGCACAUUUGAAUGGAGUCUGUCUAUCCUGACGCUGGGUGUUGACCAGACUUAUGCAAAGACGUGGACAUGUGCAGAGACAUUAACAUGGGGACAGUCUCAGCACCAUGGAUGAAGAAGAAACGACCAAACUAACUCGUUUAGUGGACUAGUGAAACGUUCUAAUGAUUGUUCUGCUUGGUUCCGACAACCCGUCGAUGGUCCACAGAUGACGGGUCAUUCAGUGUUACGAUGCACUGAUGAAGAGUGACAUCUGCUUGAUACAUGUGAUAUCUGGGCUAUUAACUACAUAGGCCUUGCAUUCUCUGCACAGCGUUGCCCACCAGGGAGCUCUUUUGAGCUGUUAUUGUGAGUCCACGUGAACCUCCAAAGGAAAAAAAUGCAAAUUUGAGAUCUUCGAUGUAGUUACAAUUCACAAUCCAGAUGCCAGUAUUUGAGGACAAGCCUAUCAGACUUAUUUCAAAGUUGUUGUUUUGUUUUUUUUCCCUGCACCUGUUUUUACAUUUCAUCCAGGACAGGAUGGCAGCAAAGCAUUAGUAAAACCAGAGAAUGUGCAAUAAACCACUGUGGACAUGGAGGUCUUCACCUUGACCGACAUGCACAGUUAUGCAUGCAAAGCACUGUUAAUAACCUUUAUUUCAGAUUUCUUUUUUUCUUUUCUUCUUUUAUAGCAUCGGCGUCAAAUUUCUUUUCUGGUUUAAAAACCUGAACAAAUGUAUUGUUCCUACUGAAGUAGGGUUAACAGUGUCCUCAUAGAGGUUCCUUAUCAGCACUUCAGCCAGUAGAUGUUGCUGACAGUAGGUAGAAAUCGCCGAUCAAAAUGGCUUUUAGCGGAAUGUUAUUAGUGGCUGAUGUGCGUUACUAAAGCAUCCUUCUAACUGGUUGUUACCGCUUGUUAAAUCACUCCACAUACAAUCAGGGACAUGAAAACUUCCUGCAAGUCAAGCUCAAACAUCAUUUCCUCUGAUCUGAUGCAAAACAAAACUCUCAGUGCUCUCAGUGUUCUUAGUGCUUCUGCCAGUCUAACAUGACCUCUACCCACCAACAGCUCGCCUCACGGUGGGCACAUUAUGCAAGCAGCACUAAGGCUUCAUCCGCCUUUAGCUUCUUUUUGUCUCUAAUUUCAAUAAAAGCCAAGAGACACCAUUCGGUGGAUGUCAUCUGUUUUUUGUUUGGUUUUUUUUUGGGCUGCGAACUUGUCGUCAUGUUGCGAUGUUUCUGAACAGACUUGUUUGGGACUUCUCCCUCUUGUAGUUUAUAGCUUGGUGCGAUUUUGAAUUUAAGUCACUACCUGGUUUAUGACAUCAUUCCACAGGUUAUGGCGAGACGGUUAGUGGUCACCUGAGCUCACCGUGGCCCUGUCAAAAGGAGACAGAUGAGAAGUCCAACAACAAGGUCGUAUUGAGAAGGAUUCUAAUGUUAAUACCAACAUAAUCCAGCAUAUGGGUCAGUGUUAUUGUGCAGGUCUUACUAUUUGUCAGUGUGCCAUUCUGUGUGUGGUAUAAUAAGAAAAUUACCUUUAUGGCUGUACUACACAAAAAAACAACAUUAAAACGGCGGCCAUUUUCAUCACGCUCAGGGUGGAAAGCUCAGAUAAUGUUAUCAGUGUGAUAAUGUCGUAUGCAGGGAAUCUGACAAAUCAUUAGGAUUUCACAGUUCCCCAAUUAAUCAGCACCAGAUAAGGAUAGUGAAAACCUGGGAGCCCUGACGUCCCCCCUUCAGAUGCCGAUCAAUCAAGCAGCUGUGUAAUGACAACAGUUAGUCGUAUUCCCUACAUUUAUACGACUCGCAGCCUGUAACGUAACACAGCAGUGCCACAGUUGAGCUUCCCAGCAUGAGCGUGACAUCAGAGGAAAACGGCUGCGUGUGAAUAUGGUCCAUGAGGGAAGCUGAAAACUAGUCUAGACUGGUUCAUUUUUAUUGAUUUUAAGGGCUAGACUUCAGUUCCAAAACCACAAUAAAAUAUUUGGCUUUUGGAUUUGGUUCUUCACUAUUCAGUGGAAUGAACUUUUCUUCUUCUUUUUUUUUUAAUGGGUGAAAUGUGCUUUCCAUCUUCUCGAUGUCAAAGCAUGGACUCUUUGUGAAAAGACCAAACGUCUGGAUUUAAUGCACAGUUGUGUUAUUAGCUGUUAGGAGUACAUGUUUUUACUUUAUAACAAUCAGGCUUGGACAAUAUUUGACUUCAGCUGGUGUGUGGUGGUGUUUCAAUCACCUUUUUCAGAGCAGAUUUUGUCAUUGACGUCAGUACAUUUUUACACUCUGUGUAUUUCGAUGCUGCAGAAACCUUAUUAUGAUCUGAAAUGAUAUUACUGGUGCAGCAGCUCCUUGAAGUUGUUGUAAAGCAGUCUUAGGAACUGGGCGCAUCUCAGUAGUUAGCGGGCGAUUGACACCAGCUGUAUGGCUCUGACUGUUGAGCAGACAUUUUUAAAUUCCCUGCCCAAGCUUUCCGUCUACACUACCAUCGCACACUGGUCCUGUCAGCUCCUGGUGGGUUGUCCCACAUUCUGCCCCACUUAAUCUUUUGUUUGUGUUUUUAACUCAGAACAAAGGAUUAAAUCCAGCAGUACUGCGAUGCACCCGGGGGAGGGGGGGGACCUUACAAGCUUAUGAGUCAUUCGAUCAUCCAUGUGUUUACUGUUUGUCAUGACCGAGGCUUUACUCUGAGUAUCGGGAUCCAUCGGGGCUGAUUCUGAAGCAACAUAAAGAGCUGAGGUGCAGUUAAUCGACACAGCCGCCGGCCUCUAUGUUGACAUUUGUUUAAUAGUGUUGGAAGUCUGUACAAAGUUGCCUACAAAGUAUGCAGCACUGCUCCUUUUCUUCAUGUCAGAGCUAUUUACAUGAAACAGAUCCUCAUGUCUCCAAAGAGUUUUUAGGUCUUUAAUCAUGAUGUAAUGUAACUUAUUUUAUAUAGCCUCCACUCUUCAAACCCAGAAAGGGAUCUUAAAUCAUUGUUUUCUUUGUUGUUUAUUACACAAAUAAACACGUAAAUGUGAUGUUGCUCA